AACUGCAAAUUUGCAUAAGGGUUUUUUUUUCAUGCGGUGCAUGUGUUUUCCAAAAGUCGGCAUUUUCAUUUUAUUAUUUGUUUAGUUUUUGCGAUACGCUAAUAGUGCGCGUUAAUGAAAAAUGAGUAUAUUAUAUUCAACCGAAAAAGGUUGGAUUAUUUCCCAUCUUCAAUAUAUUGAUAAAUUGUACGCAAAAGUUCAAAAUAGAAACGAAAGUAAUUUUUUCUAUUCAUUGCAUUUUAAUAAAGAUUUAUUUAAUAUAAAUUCAAAAUUUUUACGAAAAAAUCAAUUAAAAAACGCGAGUGAUGAAUUGAGUGUUUCAAAAUCGAGAAAGAGAAAGAAAUUAAAUUUACUGCCUGAUGAUUUUUUGAAAGAAAUAAAACAUGUGAGAGAUAUAUUUAACAAUUUUAUGAAUACCCUGGAGGCAAAGAAGAUAUUUUCAAAAUCUGUUAAUUCGGAUAAUAAUGAAGCUGCACUUACAUUGUCUCGUCAAUUAUUUUAUACUAGUCAAAAAGUAUUAAAUAAUUCUUCUAUUGAAGGAUCAUUUAUCGAGGAAACAUCGAUAAAAAUUCUAGAAAAUGAAGAAUUUGUAAUUCCCAAAAAUUGUGAAUUUUUUUGCAACGAUGUUCGUAAUUUAAAUGAAAAAUUAUCAUUCAAUAAUCAAUUUGAUUUUAUUCUCAUGGAUCCUCCUUGGUGGAAUAAAUCUAUUCGAAGAAAGAAAGCAAAAUUUAUUGAAUCUAGCUACAAAAUGAUGUACAACAAUGAGAUGACUAAUUUACAAAUUGGAAAAUUAUUAAGUAAAAAUGGAAUUAUUGCAAUUUGGUGCACAAAUUCAGCAAGUAAUUUACGUUGUAUUUUAGAUGAAAUGUUUCCAUCAUGGGGCGUGAAAUUUUUAGCGAAAUGGUAUUGGGUAAAAAUUACCAAGUCCGGUGAUGUUGUCUGUGAUUUUAAUGAAACUCAUGGAAAACAACCAUACGAAUUAUUAAUAAUAGGAACUAGUGAAUUUAAUUCAAAGAUUGAUAUUCCUAAUGAAAAAUUAAUUGUCAGUGUACCAAGUGCAAUGCAUUCUCACAAACCUCCUCUCAAUGAAAUCAUCGCUCCAUAUUUAAUGGAAAAUCCAAAGUGUCUGGAAAUUUUUGCACGAUAUUUGCUGCCCAAUUGGACGAGUUUUGGUUAUGAAGCUUUAAAAUUUCAACAUAUCGCCUUUUUCACACGCAAUGAAGAGGAAAAUAAAAAUGUUUGAAGUUCAAGACGUAAAAUUCUUUAUUUAUAUCAAUUUGUGACUGAUAAAAUUGACGAACCUGUUGACGGAAUCCAUGUCGAUGGAGGAAAACAGAAGUUGUUUGAGACACUUUCAAUUAUAAAAUGAGACAAUCCACUUAAUGAGACUGGAAAAUCGGAUGGUUUUCAGCUUUUUAGCUUCGUCGUUGGAAACCAAUUGAUGAUGCAUCACAUCUGCACAACCGUUCUCAAAGACUUAAAGGCUGCUGAAGCUCUUCUGGCUCCCCUCCAUCCUGGUUUGACCUAAUAUCCCUAUUUAAACCUUCACCAAUCUCUAAGAACUCAGUCGGUAUUAGUCUUUAUUCAAGGACAUCUUCAGUCUCUUCUUUCAAAAAAAAAAAGAAGAAAAAAAAAAAAAAUUUCAAUGGGUGCAUUAAUUUCCAUUGACGUGUUGAUACAUUACUUAAAAUUGGAUAGUUUUCAUUUUCUUUUAUUUCAAUUUUGACACAUUAUUUAAUUUACGCAUUUGAUAAAAUUCUCGUUAAAAGAAAUUGGUAUCGAAGUAUAAGUUUCUAAUUUUGGGAAUUUAGAUGAAAAUUUAAAGAAAAAAUUUUUUUUAAUCAUUUUUUUAAAUUAUAAAAAUUUAUCAUUCAAUAGAGAAUUUUGUGAUUAUUUGUAACUUUAUAGUUAAACAUGAAAAAAAAGUUUGACAUUUUUUCUCCCUAAUAAUGUGAGACUUUCUUAAUUUCACAUGUUUUCGAAAUCGAGAUAAAUUUGCAUUUUUUUCAAACUAUAAUAUACAUACAGGGUAAUAAAUAAAGUUAUGAAAUUUUUGUAGAGACUGAUUAUGUUCUUGAAUUUUCAAAAAGUCAUCAAAUUUCGAUAUUUGCAUUAAAUCUCAAAGACUAAUAAAAAAUAGAUACCGAUUGUUUUUUUUUUUUAAAUUUAAAUAAAAGAAUUUUAUGAAUGAAUAUAAUAAUUAGAAUGAUUUAAAUUUAACUAAAUUAUACAAAUUUUAUUAUUUUUGAGCCGCAAAUAGAAAUCUUUUUCUUCAUUUGCGAGUGUAAACAAAAUUUUCUUGAGAAAAAUAUUAGUUUUAAAAGAAAAAGAGAGAAUAUUCAUAACUUCUUUUAUUAGAUUUAAAAAACAAAUUCUUAACAACAUUCUAUAUGUACAAAAUUUAAAUAAUACAUGAGCUCAAUUCAUUCGUA